AUGACCGCGGAAACUGUCCAGACAGCGUCCCCGUGGAGACCACAGUUACCCCUCCCGAAGGACAUCACGGCCCAUGUCCAGCAGCAGCAGCAGCAACAGCAACGACAGAAGCAACAGGACAUGGAUCGAGCAGCGGCUACCAAGAGCAAGGACAAGAAAUGGUCCCUGGGAAGCUUGUUCCGGACGAAGAAGAAGAAGGAGCUCGACACGGACUCGAGCUCGGAGGAGGACCGGAAGGCUGGCUUCGUACCGGUCAAGACGGGCGGCACGCUGAACGGGAAGCGCAAGAAGCGCUCGAGCCGUAUCGUUGGCGCUGGGUUCGACCACAUCGUCGUCAGUCCGCACCAUCCGUUGCAGCAGCAAGUGCUACUUCCCCAUCUGCAGCACCAUCAUCAGGCAUCGCAGGCAUCGCACAAUCAGUACGGGUUCCGGGAAAGCGAAAGUAUCAACUCGAUCGAACCGUACCCGGCCAACGGAUCGUUGGAUCGGCAUACGGCCACGAAGAAGGACCGAAGUGGUGGCGGUCACUCCAAGGAACGCCAGACGUCGAGCGACGAAGAAUCUCACCGCUCCUCGUCGAUGUCACGCUUCCGGAGCGACGAUAGCCUGGGGAAUCACAGCGCCGGCUCGCACCGGAAGUCACGCACUGCCCGCACCGAGCGCUACUUGAAGCGGAUGUCGGGGCGGGACGAAGGCCACAGCCCACAGGCUGCGCCAAACCGCUGGCACACGCAACCCAUCUCACCCAGCAUGCUACCGCACGGUACCGGUGGCAGCAUACGCUCGGUGGACGUGGCCUAUCGGAGGCCGGGAACGUUCGAUUACCACACGGGCAGUGGAUCCCAUCCGAACCUACGUAAUUCCGCCAGCCUGACGAACGUGGGUCCACAUGCGUACCGCUGGCCGUCGAACAGUUCCCCCGGUUACGGCCAUCAGCCAGCGCCCGCAGGUUACCCGCAAUCUCCGACGAACCCUCAGACGGUGACGUACGAGAACAGCUUUUACAUCCAGAGCAAGGCAAGCACGAUGCGGGACGCCAUCCGUAGUCCACCGCCGAUACCGCCACGCGAUCCCCAACGGAGGCUAACGAUCGGGCACACGAACGAGGCACGUCCCGUGUCCUACGCCUUCGAUCGUUACCAUCAGCUGCACGGACCAGCGACCGGCACCAGCAUCUGGCAGUCGAACGGCAAGUGCAACAGCGAAGAUCGGCUGUGGGGCUGUGGACCGACCGUGGUCCACCGAACGCCACCGCCUCCGGUAACGCACGGGGCGUUCACUGUCACACCACCGAGAGCUUCCUCAGUACAGCCCGCAGAGCUGCAGCAGCAGCAGCAGCAACCCCCGAAGCAGCGAUACAUUUCUCGCCAGCAACAAACUCCAGUCGUAGUGCAUCCACCACCCAGCACUCCUCCUUCCAACGUUGUGUACCAUCAUCAUCACCAGCAUCACCAGCAGCAACAACCACAUCAGCAUCAUCACCACCAUCAUCAGCAUUAUCGUCACGCGACACUUCCCGGUUCGUCGCCACAUCAGCCGCAACAGCAAGUGCGAUCGGCCGAGUAUCGCUACGUGACGGACGUCACACCUCGAUCGCGGAAACCGAUCCAGAUACAGGAUCGAACUUUUGAGCCAUACGAUCCGAAGGUCGCAUCUCCACAGCCCGCGGCCACCGGCAGCGAGUCCUCGCUGGUGUACAGCGGCACAACGACACCGUCCGGUGUCGGUGCUGGCGGCCGCUCGACUUCACGAUCCUUCCGAGCGGACAGCUCCGAGUCGGUCAAUGACAGUGCGACGGGUGGUGGUGGGGCACGCACUCCGCAGCAAUCAGCUUCCGCCUUCUGGCGACGCAUAGAGGAGGAGCAGAGCGCAACGACUGCGACUGGAGGCCGCCGUGGAAGGGCAACCGAACGGCGACCUGGGGUGGCGGGCAUGGCGGCAACCUCACGCUCCGUGUCCACUUCCCGGGCGCUAGAGAUCAUGAACCGCCGCAAUCAGGAGUUGACCCGCGAGUUGGACAGCCUGCUGGACGAUAAGCAUCAGAAGCAGGAUGGCGCGCAGAAUGUGGUGAGCGGUCGGCUGUACCUGCGGCAGAGCGAUGGGGUCCCGGUCCGAUCACCAAACCAGAAGGUGUACGAAGGUGUGAAACCGAAGUGCUCCGGUCAUCCUGCGAACAGCGAUUCAUAUGCCCAAGGGGGAAACAAAUAUGAGGAGCACGUCGCCAAGACCGUCGCCGGAUCGCAGACGGUCUAUAGGCGCUACGAGCAGCCAGAGGGAACGAAGAGUAACGGACAGCAGGCACCGGCACCACCGAUGCGAACCAUUUCGAAGCGAAACUCCUGCUCCGAGGAGGAACUGGCACGCAAACGCAAAUCGGCGAACCUGGAGGAAGCGAUCAGUGAGCUGGAGGCGAUCUACAAGAGCCUUAAGCUGAGCGACGAAGAUCUGCUCGAACGGGCCGAGCAGCGCGACGUACCGACACCGACCGGGUUCAGUAGUCGGGCCCGCACCUACCGUUACGAGCCCGAUCCGGAGGAGGACCGCGCGAAACCGGAACCGGACCUGCAGCUGGACGAUCUGAGCUAUCGGAGCAUCAAGCGGGCAAACAGCAAACUCAAGACGGCCGACAUCCAGCCACCGUUCGGCAUUCCCGUGGGCCCGAUCCCUGCGCCGCCCAACACAGACUACCUGACCGUGCAGACGCCGGCGAAGCAGCAAACUCCACGCUACAUGCCACGCCAGUCGCCCGACCUAGUGACCGACGAUCUCGCUUUCCGGCAGUUGCGAAAGGACAAAGACCUACAGGCAAGCUUGGACCGUAAGCCGGCUGCUGCUGCUGUGCCAGUGUCCGGCAACACGAGCAGCGAAGGAUCGGAGGAUUCUCGAACGAAGCGCAACUCGGGCACGCUGUCCUCGAGCAUCUACAACCAAAUCCAGCGCGAUGCGGCCAAACCGUCCGGGGGCAACUUGGAAGAUUACUACAAGCUCGAGCUGUACGCGAAGAGUCUGCGGGAGAAUACGGCGAAACCGAAGGCCGGCGAGCAACCCAAGCCCAAGGACGCGGCGUCUCCGGAAGCGAAGGUCCAGACCCGAGCCAAGAGCGGAACACCUCCAACGGACCGCAACCGGGGUGCGGUCUUCAAUCUGCCGUCGACACUUAAGUCCAGCUCCAGUGGCAGCAGCCCACCCAAGAGUCCUCGAUCGACGGACGGUGCAAGCGACGCACCGAAGAGCGCCACACCGACUCCUCCUCGGCCACGCUCCGGUACGGAACCGAUCAUCGUGGGCGCCAAGCAUAAGGCCGAGUUCGAGGAGAUCCUGAACGCGAUCGCCCUCGAAGCACAGACCACGAGCGAGAAGCUUGGGGCCGAUCUGGCCGAGCUGCGCAAGGAAACGCAGUCGGUGUCGAGCGGCACGAGCCCGGAAACGAAACCGAACCGUCGCACUGCGGUCAGCAAGACGAUCGCACCGGUGGCCACCGCUCCACCGAAGGUCUGCCAGCGGACUUCCGAUGCGACGGCCGAAGUGACGGCAAAGUACUGCGAGGAAAUGCUGCGUGAUGUGAUCGAAGAGGAUCAGAAGCCGGCCGAACCGGCGAAGCGACUGGGGAAGGACAUCGUUCAAAGCGCCCCGGCGGCGGUUAACCAGAACGCGAAUCCAACGAUUGUGCUCGAGUCAAUCGAAGCAACCAGGACAUCGGUGACGGACGCCGACACUGCGGAGCCACUAGCUACCCAGCUGACGCCGGCCGGAAGCUUUGAAGCCCUCAGCAAACACUGCCAGGAACAGUUCAGUGAGCUGGAAGAUUCGGCCACCGCCACCACCGGCGACGAGCGCGUAAAGUCGUCGAUCGAGCGCGACUAUGAUAAUCUAGUCGAAAGCAUCAAACCGUUCGAGUCCGAUUCGGACAAGAAGUCGACGGAGGAGGAAAUCGACUUGAUCAUGAAGGAGUGCGGUAUCGAGCUUGAGCUGAGCUCCAGUGCUGCCCCGUCCAGCAGCAAGGGGAUCCAUCCCCAAAAGUUCCCGGCAAGUGCCCAGGCCGACCUGAGCGACAUUCUUUCGCUCGAGCGAGACCGAGUGUUGUCCGGCGAGUGUCUCAAGCCGAGUGUCAUUGCCGCCGAGCAGCGGAAGCGUUCCGGGUCGUCGAAAUCGCCGCCCGGGUCGUCGUCGGUACGGUUGACGCCCUCGGACCCCGAAUCGCAGUACAAUUCGUCCGAGGAGCUAGCGAUGAUCUUCGGCAUCAAGAGUCCAUCACCGUCAGGUAAAGGAGCAUCCAGUGUGCCGCUUGCGUUGUUGUUGCCGCGUGCCAACCAACCAUCCCAACCCUCCCCAAGCCAUCCCAAACCGGACCCGGAAACAACGCCAACCACGCCCGCCAGCGUCGUCGCGCCCGAUGAGCAUGAUGGGUGCGAUGACGAAGGUGCGAAUGGUGUCGUCUUUUCCGUAGCCGUUCCCACCAUCUUACACCCGACCCGUAAAACUACUACCAGCGAGAGUGAGAGUGUUUGCAGUUCCGCUACUAAUAGCAUUGCUUGUAACAAUGUCACUACCACGCACACCACGCACGGCACGGCUGUAGAGGGCAGCACCACCAGCGCGGCACGCAUCGAGGAACCAUCGCACCCCGUAGUCGCCGAUACUACCGGUAGUUCGGUCGGGUGUUUCUAUCUGUCCCGUAGCGCCAGUUUUGGCCCAAUCUCGCAGCUGUCUCACAAUCUCGACACAAUCCACGAAGACCUGGCCGAGGAGCUGGAGGAAACGAAUCCGGCCGAUGUCGACUCCACGACCACGGAUUCGGGCAACGUGAGUCUGAAUGAUUUCGGCUGCGAAAACCACGCCACCAUCGAGCGCAAGGAUGCUACGUUCGUGAACGUGGUACAGAUUGGGCCAGCGAUCGGUUACUAUCCCUUCCGGAGCGUACUACAGAUUCCGGAAAUUUUCAUUGAAGACGUCAGUGCACAGGAGGAAGAGAAACCAUUCGGCGGGAAGAUGGCAGAAAAGUGUGACGUCCCGCUGCGCUUGGAGACUGAUGAACGAGACAUGCCUACCGUUCCCGCCAUCGUGGAAGAUCCGCCGGUCGAGACAUUUGAAGAACUGGAACAGCACGAGACGGAUCGACGU